AAACGGAUCUACUUCCGGGUCGUAGAGUUGGCUUCUUUUAUUAAACAUGAAAAAAAUGCAGCACUUUUUCACUUUUUGCAACAUGUAAUACUUCAAAUCGAUUAAUCGUGUAUACAAUUCUGUUAAAUGUAUAAAAAAGAUAAAAGAGCUUGUUUGAAAUAGAGGUUGUCAAGGCAACCGCAGGCGCGGGUUUGUUUGAGGAAAUGAAUCAGCAGGAAGCAUGGCUGUUCAACAGUGGGCUGAUGCUCUUAAAAAAGCCAAGAAAACUGCUUUAAUAUCCGAUGGGAAAAGGAAAGUUCAUUAUCAGUUUGAGGAUGGCAAUGAGAUGGCUGAGGAGUAUGACCUAAAAACAGAUGAGCUUGUCAUGCGAAAGUGGCGACAUAAAACCACCUUUGGAGGACAGGGGCAGUGGACUUUGGAAGUUGGUGAAACAAACCCAACUGGGGCUACAUCUGAUUUAAUAAAAGAGAACAGUUCAAAUCCACUAUUUAUGCGCCGGGACACAAAGACAAGUUUCCAGUGGAGGAUCCGUAACAUUUCUUACCCUUUAGAAGUCUACAGUGUGACAGCUGAGCCAAUGGAAAGAUGUUGUGUCAUUCGGACCUCGAACAAAAAGUACUAUAAGAAGUUCAGCAUUCCAGAUCUCGAGCGUUGCCAGUUGCCUUUGGAGAGCACAGCCUUGAGUUUCACCCACGCCAACAACACUUUAAUCAUCAGCUACAAGAAGCCCAAAGAGAUUUUAACGCUGGAACAGGAGCUGCUUGGGGAGCUGAAGAAACUGAAGGGGACAAGUGAAGGAGAUAUUGACUGUAAAACUCAGUGAACUGCUGUGGAUCUGGAGCUUUUGCAGUAUUGCGGCUGUUCGGCUGCAUUUCUUUAUGCAUGUUUCUAUAAGCUUUUGUGCAUACAAACAUGUGACUUUUGUUGUAUGUAUACAUUUUUUUGUUGAGAUAUACCAUUUGAAAUAUUGAGCUGGAUGAUGUAAAAUUGUUUGUUGUGUCCAAAUAAUAAAUUUCACAGAAAUGUCA